AUGAUUGUUUUCGUGUUCGGUGCUGCUCUCUUUGUGUUUGGAUUGAUGAUUCGACUUUAUCAGGUGCUUCCGAAUAGAAUCAAAUAUUCAAACAAACAUUUAAAGAAAGAAUUGAGUAAUAAUACAAGUAUUAAUAACAGUGCAGAUUCAUCACGAUCGUCAUCACGAAAAAUUAAAACUCUUGUCGUACUCGGAUCAGGUGGCCAUACUGGAGAAAUUAUGGACAUGAUUCAGUCACUGGAUCCCAACAAGUAUUCUUUUGAAUUUGUGUUGGCUCAAACUGACAAGGGAAGUGAAAAAUCAGUUCGAUAUUUGUUAAAAGAUAAACCACUGUUUCAUCCUCUCUCGUUUCAUAGAAUUCCAAGAAGUCGAGAAGUUCAUCAAUCAUAUUUUACAUCAAUAUUUACAACCAUUAAGGCAUUGCUGUACACUACAUUUAUUACAAACAUUACCAUUAAUCCAGAUCUGAUCAUUGUAAAUGGCCCAGGAACAUGUAUACCAGUAUGCCUAUCUGCUUACCUCACUCGAUUUUUGGGUAUUAAGCGAGUGAAAAUUAUUUUCGUUGAGAGUGUGUGUCGAGUGGAAUCUCUUUCUGUUUCAGGUAAAAUCAUGUAUUUAUUGGCUGAUCGAUUUCUUGUGCACUGGCCUCAACUUCAAAACAAAUAUUCAAAGGUCGAAUAUUAUGGACGCCUGUGCUACUAG